AUGGACUUCGAAAUGUUAUCUGAAGAGGCCCAACCAUUGGUCACACAUGCGCAUGAGCAAGAAUACGCCAAGUAUAUCAAAGCUAUCGACGAUCGCACCUUCAACCUCACAUUCGAAGGUGCAAAGAUAUCAUAUCUUCGGCGCAGCACUAUUAACGCUCUCGCAAACCGUCAAGACGUCACCGCAUUCAUAAAGAAGACUGAGUAUCCAAAAAACGUGCUAUUUCAUGUUCAUGACGCCCUCGAGCUCGCGGAUAUCAUCGAACAAAGGGGUAAGAAACUCUUCCUCCUCACCACCAAGCUAGGACUCAGUAUGGAGUUUUUGUCUGCACUCUUGGCUCAUGUGGACGACAAUGAUCUCCCUAUGGAAAGGAAGAAAUACGUCAUAAUUCCUAGGGGCCCACACCGUAUGGCCAUGUUCAAGCUUGUCAACAACCAAGCGCUGGUUUGUGCGCCGGUACUUGAUACAGGAACAUUUGAUCAAGUGGUUCCGUGGCUGUCUUGCUUCCCGUUGGAGGUUCAGCAUGACGUCCGCGAGCCUGAUGUGUAUGAUGUGGGAUUCCCCCAAGAACAUCUCAGAAACGAGGUAGAGGAACCGUCGGCCGUAUGGGAAAUGGAGGAUUUCGGAAGUGAAAAACAUGCAAAUGCGGAGAAGUCGCGGUUCGAUUGGGGCGUUACAUGUGAGGGGAGAUGGUAUUUCUUCCGCGGAUUUCCGGACCGAGAUGUCGAUGAAGAUUAUGACGACAAGCAGGAAGAGGAGGGCGAGGGCAAGACAAACGAGAUGGAAGAUGGAUUAUGGGUUUUGUAA